UCUCUCGAGUUGGUCGUCUGUAAGCUAGUAAAUUCCAAGCUUGCGUAUUCUCACAUUACAGUUCGUUGCGCAACAUAUUUACCAGUUUUUUAUGCUUCUAUUUCAUCACAGCGACUAUCAAAUUAUAAUCUCAAGAGUGAAGAAACCGACACAUCCACGAAAAGCCUUCUAUCUCAGGAUUUUAUCGACAAAAACGAUGGACGAUACGUACAAAAAGAGUAAAGGAAAUGCAGGCCUCGAAGGGGUACAAUUCCAACUGAAUCUGCUCACUGUGGUUUUGCUAAAUGCCAUCAGCGGCCGGAAAAACUGGAAGAUCUCCACGGAGAACCAGGAGGCAGGGAAAUACGACGACCUCGUACUGGAACUGCAGGAUAAAAGCCUUCUCCUGCAGGCCAAGUUUAAGCAGAACAAGAAAAUCGACGUGGAUCAACUCUUUUCGUGCAACUCCAAGAGCGCCGAUUUCAGUCUUCCCAAAUACUUUUUCUCGUACCUUGAAGUCAAGUCUGAGUCUGUGGAGAAGACGGUUAUCAUUUGCACUAAUACGCAUAUCGACGAAAAAGGUCUAGAGAACUUUUUAACAGGCCAUUUCGUUGGUCCCGACAGCAUGCUGCACUAUGAAGGGGCCACUUUUCGUUUUUUCACCUUUAACGAGAACAUCGUGCCCGAUUUGAAAGCUAGUGCGGAGGUUUACUGCAACAACACUUUAAAACGCAAAGGCAUCGACAAAGUGACGGAGGAAAACAUAAAGGACUUCCUUGAUCAUUUACAAUUUUUCCCAAAUUACCCGAGCGGGGACAAGUUGGACAAAAUUAUUCAACAGUCGCUGUCACUCUUGAACGAAUCCAGUUUAUAUCGCAAGGUGUCGUCCCAGGAGUUAUAUAAGAAGAUUGAAGAUUGGUUCAAGCAACCGAAGGGCGAAUAUCUGACGGAAGACCGAGCUAGAGCAAUGUUCAGCGAGAUAAAAAGCGACAAGUACUGCGAACAGUUGAAAAACUACAACGUGACCUUCAGAUACAACGAUUUUAAAUUCACGGACCCCAAAAGAAUCUUCCACAUCAACUCGGAAGGAGGACAUUUGCUUCAAGCGUUGAAAGUUUAUCAUGUCCUGCAGAAAGAUGAAGGCAAAACACUAUACGUCAAUCCAGAUGAUACAGCGGAGGUACAGAAACGGGUCAUAGAGGCUUUUAGAUUACCCCGUUACACCUUCUUGAUAAUAAUUGGGGUUAAAAUCAGCGAAAAAGCCACGGUAAAGGAAAUAAGUGCGAAAUUAAAGGGUAUACUGGAGAAAUACGGUUUUAAAAAGGUCAUUUUGGUGGCCGAAGACGACGAUAAAUUUAGCCGAGAAUCCGAACUAGACGAUAUCGUCCAGGUCGAUGAAUCCGUGGCGUUCGAAGCUCUUUCAGAUGAGUGCCAGAAGAGGCUAGUAAGGGAGAGGAACGUUAUUUUUCAAGGAGAGAAAGUCAGCUUGGAAGAGCUGUUAGAAACGCAAACAACUGAGGAUUGGACGAGAGCUGUAAAUUCUGAAAUACUAGAAAUGCUAAUUAGAAAGCAGGAAAUCAAAGUGGGCGUAAGACCGUCAAGUUUAGUCGAAUGCAACUCCCGUCACUAUAUAAAUCGUACAUUUAAGAGACAAGUGCCUAAGGACGAAGACGUAUUGCCAACAACGCCUUUAACUGUAGAUGAAGAGACGUACCCAGAAGAAAGCUUCUACGAUGCGAGCGAAAACGUGGUACUUAUCUCGGACAGUGCAGGAAUGGGAAAGAGCGCCGUCCUUGCAAACCUGGCAGCUGCAAUAAAAGAGAAAAGUCCUUACUUGUGGGUGAUCAAAAUAGAACUCUCCGAAUACACCGAUACCUUAAGAGCCUUAAACAACGAUCGCGGAUUCAUUUUAACGAAACUGUUAAAUUCCAAAAAGGCAACAGAACUAACCAACCACUUAGAAAGGUUUGUGUUCUCCAUGGACAAAAAGGUCGUGCUGAUGCUCGACGGGAUCGACGAGAUCAGCCCCGACUAUACGGGACUCGUCCUUAGCAUGCUGACCCAGUGCCUACAAGCAGCUAAUGUCGCGAAACUCUUCGUUACCACAAAACCCCACUUGGUCCGAGAAUUGGAAGCAGUUUUGAAAGUGAAGCCGUUUGUAUUGCAGCUUUUCACUGAACAGAACCAGGUGGAAUUCCUCACUAGGUAUUGGGGGUACAAUCUCGACAUAGAAGGGGGGAAUAGAGAUAAAUGCGAGAAGUACGCUGUGGCCCUGAUAGCAAGAAUGUCAUCGUGGACAAAAGGUUACCGUUGUAAGGAACGUGACUUUACUGCUAUCCCUCUGCAAUUGAAAAUGCUUGCGGAGAUUUUCCAGGAUGAAUCUUCAGAUUGGGAAUGCUGCAAGGACUACUUGAAUGCGAUUAGAGCGGCACCGAGGUUCCCAGAGAAAAUAGAAAUUAAAAAAUUAUACGAUAUGUUCGUUGAGAAGCGGAGAGACAUCUACGUAUACAAAGGAAAUCCGAACGGCAACUCGGCAGCGAAUAACGCGCUGAUUAAACAGUUCGAUGAAUCUCUUCCUUACUACAGAAGGCUCGCUUUAGAAGUGACUCUAAAUAAAAACGAUCGUCGACUCUUUUCUUCUUAUCAACAGAGUUGUGAGGAGGUAAACGAGAGCAUACUGAAGAUAGGAAUCGUGCAGAGAUCAAACGACGAACUUCAAUUUGUUCACAGGACUUUUGCGGAAUAUUUUAUUGCGGAAAAUAUAGUCAGCGAAUUGCAGCUUCAAUCGCACAAUCCAAAUGUAAAAUUCCAGGAGUUCUUCAUCGACAAACUACUACAAUUCCCUGAAUUCAUGACUAUCCGUGCCUUCCUCGACAAUUCCCUGCAGAAAGUCGUAAAGUUGAUACCUGCAGAUACUUUCAAGAAAUAUCUGUCCCUCACGUGUCCCCAAUGCCGUUGGAAGGAUAACCAUAGCCUUAUUCAUUCACUGGCGGAAGAGGGUUGCGUCGCUAUCCUACAACUCCUCCUCAACUGCGUAAACUUCAAGAUUAUCAAAGACAAGGAAAUCAACAUUGCAGACGUGUCAGCUCGCGUUUUCCUCGAAAAGAACGGUUUUUUCCGAUCUCUCGCUCGUAAAAUUGGCAUCAACAGAAAAAAUAACCAAAACAUACUAACGUUCGUACAGACCAUUGUACAAGAGGGUGGAAUAAAUAUCAGGGAUGGGUUUGGUAGGACGCCGUUGCACUACGCUGCUAGCAAGGGCCACUACGAAACGGUGAAGUUUCUCGUUGAGCAGGGGGCAAAAAUCGACAGUAUAGAUAGCGAGGGGCGCACGGCACUGCAUUUAGCUGCAGAACAGAGCGGUUUAGGUAGUCUCGACUACCUGAUAACAUCCAGCGUCGGUACCGAUGUCACAAGCAACGUGCCUGCUGCCUCGAAUGGUCACUUGAAUGUGGUAAAAUUUCUUCUUGAAGUGGAUGAUCCUUGAUUUGUAGACUGCUUUGAAGGUGGGAAAGAGAUAGGACGAGACCGAGGGACAUUCGUCCGCUAAGAAGAUGGAGGUCACUUACAAGAAAAGCAAAGGAAACGCCGGUCUGGAAGGCGUGCAAUUUCAACUGAAU